UCAUUUCUCACAUUUUCGCUCAAUUUGCUUUACGUAAUAGACCCUCUGGUAUCAAUAUCGUUUUAUAUCGGUUACCGGUAAAACGGCGUUUACACAAGAAGUUAUAAAACCGGCGUAAGGUAGAAGGUGUAAACGUAUUAAAUAUGAAAGGAAAACAUCGCACAAAUUAGCUAUCUCACUCGUAUACACGCUUUCAAAUGUAGAAAAUAAGGGACAUGUAGUUAACCUCUUCAGGUGACAUAUGUCAUGUAUAUAAUGGCAGAAGCGUAGAUGUCAAACAGGUAAAAAGAUAUACGCAAUAAUAGAUAAUCAAUUGAAAGGAUCGCUGUCAAGAUGAACGUUGUUAUGGCAAUAAAGCUUUACGUCGCUAGGAUGACGGAGGAAAGUGGGCCGGGCAUGAAAAUUCUUUUAAUGGAUAAACAAACGACCAGUAUUGUCAGUGUAAUUUACAGUCACUCGGAAAUACUUACGAAGGAAGUUUAUUUAUUCGAGAGAAUCGACAGGCCAGUUCACAGCGGAAGUUUGAGGCAUUUGAAGUGCAUCGUGUUUGUACGACCAACAAAGGAGAACGUUGACUUACUUUGUAACGAACUUAGAUAUCCUAGAUAUGGAACAUAUUACAUUUAUUUUAGUAAUUGCAUCACACCAGAAAAUGUUAAACUACUGGCUGACAAUGACGAGCAAGAAGUGGUUCGAGAAGUUCAAGAGUUCUAUGCAGACUAUUUGGCGAUCGACCCGCACUUGUUUUCGUUUGGCAUAAAUGCAUGCUCUCAUAAAUUAUCAUGGAAGUCGGAGCACUUGCAGAGAACCGUCGAGGGUAUCAAAUCUGUUCUGUUAUCGCUAAAGAAGUGCCCAUACAUACGUUUUCAAAGCACCUCGGAGAUGGCUAGAAAAUUAGCAGAGCGAAUGAGGGAGGUCAUAAACAAAGGCAGUAAUCAGUUUGACUUUGGUCAGGAGUCGAACACAAUUUUACUAAUUCUCGACAGGAGAGACGAUCCUGUCACUCCGUUACUCAAUCAAUGGACUUAUCAAGCAAUGGUUCAUGAAUUAAUAGGUAUAAGUAAUAACAGAGUAGACUUGUCGCACAUAAAAGGCAUCUCGAAAGAACUGAAGGAAGUCGUGUUGAGUGCAGCACAUGACGAGUUUUAUGCUUGUAACUUGUACCUGAACUUUGGAGAAAUUGGCCAAACAAUUAAGGAGUUAAUGGAGGACUUUCAGCAAAGAGCCAAGAAACAUCAGAAAGUCGAGAGCAUAAGUGACAUGAAGCAUUUUGUGGAAACUUAUCCUCUUUUCAAGAAACUCUCUGGUACUGUUUCGAAGCAUGUCACCGUAGUUGGUGAAUUGUCGUCGUUAGUUGAGAAAUACAACUUGUUAUCAGUGUCCGAAUUGGAGCAACAGCUCAGUUGUCAAAAUGAACACUCUCCGCAGUUACAAAAGAUUAAAAGACUUAUUUCUGACUCAAAAGUUAGAGAUAUCGAUGCAACACGACUUGUCAUGUUGUAUGCAUUACAUUACGAGAAGCAUGCAAACAAUGACAUAACUGGUCUUCUAGACAUGUUGAAGAAACGUGGAGUUUCCGAAAAGUAUACAAAGCUGAUUUAUAACAUGUUAGAAUACAGCGGAGCCCAUGUGCGACAAAAUAAUUUGUUCGAUAGAGAAUCUGUCGCCAAAAUCACAAAGAAACUGUUUAAAGGAUUAAGUGGGGUGGAUAACAUUUACACGCAACAUACUCCUGUGCUUGCCGAAACCUUAGAGGACCUGCUAAAAGGGAAAUUGAAUGCACAAACAUUUCCUUACGUCGAUAACAUAGGAGCUAUAAGAAGACCGCAAGACAUAAUAGUUUUCAUAAUUGGAGGCGCAACCUAUGAAGAAAGCCUGACCGUUCAUAACUUAAACAAACAGAAUCCUGGAACGAAGGUCAUUCUUGGCGGUACAACAAUUCAGAAUUUUGAGAGUUUCAUGGAGGAGAUCGAAUCCGCUACGACUGGUUUAAUUACAAAGCAUAGUCUAAGGCGUAAAUAAACAAUCAAGUAAGAAAACAUGAAUCUACAUUUGUUACCACUGUAAUUAUAUGCUUAUAUUUAUUUUUUACUGUAAAAACUGCAUUCAUAAUUAAACAUUAUAAUUAAAA